GGGGGGCUCAAGGGUGUGGGGAGGGAAGAUGCUGCCAGAAAAGAUCCGGAGAAACUAAGUGGGCAAGACUCCCAAAGAAUCCUCCAUCAUGUAUAAUAUUCUCCGGUUCCCUAGAGAGCCCGAAGCAUCAAGGAGAGGUUGCUUGGAACGAGGCUGGUCCUUUAGACAAAGAAAGCUCUGGCCAACAAUGGUCUUGGCAGGUUAUCUUCUGGGUUCGUCUUGCAUCUUGGGGUCUCAAGCUGGCAACACUUAUAUUGCCGUCAGAAUCGAGCCACCCAGACCCUUGAUUGGGAGGGAAGUCAUCUUCAUCCCAGUAGGAAGCAUGGAGAACAUCUCUCUCUGCUCGUGGUUCCGAAGUCGCAUCCAGAAGGAGAACAAAAUCGUGACCUACCAAACAUCCCCCAUACUUAGAGUCAAUUACAGCAACGCUUACACGGGCCGGGAGCAGAUACAACUGGAUUGUUCUCUGAGCAUCACUAAUUUAACGUUGGGGGACGCCGGUUUCUAUGUCAUCCUGAUAAAGGGAGCUGCCAAAAAUGCCUACGAAAAAGGGGAAGUGUUGUUAGAGAUCACAGACUCUUCCGGAAAGGAUCUAGAGGCUUGGAAUAUCAUUCUUAUGGGAAAGGAAACAGCAGGAAUAGUUGUGGGUUCCUUACUCGGAUUCCUUGUUUUUGUAGGCAUGUUUUCAUACUGGAAGUUGCAUUCCACUCCAAGACAUGCUAUUGAAACUUAUGCACUAUGAUUCAUGGGCAGAACGAAGGCUCCAGAAAUUAUUUGGAUAUACCCCGUUUUGAAAAAAAAACAACAAACCGAAAUCGUAAACCCUCAUCUACUCUAGAGAAAUUAUGACCCACUCCUCCUUUUCAAAAUGGAGUCAUUGUUCGCAGACACGACCUGAUGGAUUACACUUCAGCCUGGUCCUUUAAAAAGUAAAAUUAAAAAUCAGAAGGUCUUCUACGCUCAUAAGCACAUGCGAUGAGGAAACGAGGGAAAUGACAAAAUGUCUAUUGUGACUUUCCAAUGUCCACCCUGUGAUUUAUAUAUUUGCGUCUGUUGUUGGACAACAACUAUGAAAGACCAGUGUUUGGGUCA